UGUAGAUAUGGGUUUUAGUGAUUUUGUUUUCUAUUUGGAAUUGGAUGAUUAUUUGUGAUUUGGAGUUGGAUUCUGGUAGAUGGGUUUUACUGUUAUUUAUCGUAUGGUGGUGGGGAUGAAGUCUCUUGAAGAUGAGUUCUUUUGAAUGAUAUGCUUCCUCCAAUUAAUCUGCGGUUGUCUAUAUAAAAUUUUUGUUCUUAAUUUCUUUCUCUAGCUAAUUCUCCAUUGUCUUUUAUGUUCUUAUUCAUUGAACGAAUCAAUUUAUGUCUCUAUAUAGAGAUUAUGGAGUAUUAUAUUUAGAGAUUUAGAGUAAUAAAUUUGGUCAAACAAAAUUAUUAUUAAAAAUGUCCUUGUUUGAGUUAUUAUAUUAACUAUGGUGUGGGGCUGGACUGCGGCUGGUUUGGUGGACGGGAUUGACCUAGUAGGCCUGGGGAAGGAGAAGGAGGUUAAUAUUCAGAGGAAAAAGGGAAAAGAAAUUAUGGGAAAGAAGAGUGGUUACUUGGCAAUGAGAAGUGAACAAGUUACGAGGGAUUUGAUGAGCUCUGAUAUGAAAGAGCUUGUUGUGGCUGCGAAGAAGCUGGCUAUUCAUGCCAUCAAACUUGGUGGAUUUCUGGGAUUUGGAACCUCUAUUCUCGAAUGGGUUGCCUCUUUUGCUGCAAUUUACUUGUUGGUCUUGGAUCGAACGCAUUGGAGAACUAAGAUUCUCACUGCAUUACUGAUCCCUUAUAUCUUCUUUAGUCUUCCUUCGCUGAUUUUCGAAAUAUUAAGAGGAGAAGUUUCAAAAUGGAUCUCUUUCAUUAUCACUGUGCUGCGCCUUUUCUUCCCAAGUCAUUUUCCAGCUUGGCUGGAAAUGCCGGGGGCUUUGCUUCUUCUGAUAGUGGUGGCUCCCAGUUUAGUUGCAAGCACCUUAAAGUACAGCUGGGUUGGUGUGGCGAUAUGCCUUAUCAUCGCUUGUUAUUUGCUGCAACAACACAUCAGGGUAUCUGGAGGGUUCAGAAAUUCCUUCACAAGAGCCAAUGGCAUAUUAAACUCGGCUGGCAUUAUCAUUCUAUUGAUCUACCCAGUGUGGGCACUAAUAGCUGAUUUUGUAUAGGCAUUCUUCCCACUGCCUCUGCAUUGCUUGAAGUCAGCAAAUGUCAUCCAUUGCCAAAGCUUCUUUAUAUUACUUUGUAUUUUAGUACUUGUAAUGAACAUUCAGUUGAGAUAUACAAGGCUUGUUUCACCA